GGUUAUUUUAUUACUUCCUAUGUCUCAAAUUAAACUUAUUUUGAAACCGAUCAAAAUAGAAACGUGAACAAGUUUUUUUUAGUUGAAGGGAAUAUUAUUAUUAUUAUAUAAAUAAAAAAAAUAAAAAAAAAAAGAAAGAAAGAGAAAGACAAUGUCCACUAUAUAUUCACCUUGAAUAGUUGAAAGAGAGAGAGCAUGGCCGAAAAACAGAGUAGUGUGUUAAUGCUGCCAUGGUUAGCUCAUGGCCACAUAUCUCCAUUCCUAGAGCUAGCCAAAAAGCUCGCAAAGAGAAACUUCUUCAUAUACUUGUGUUCAACACCUACCAACCUCACUUCCAUCAAGAAAAGGCUCACUGAAAAUGAGUCUCUCUCAAUACAACUAGUAGAGCUCCACCUUCCAUCAUUGCCUGACCUUCCUCCUCACUACCACACAACCAAUGGUCUCCCAACCCAUCUCAUGACCACCCUCAAACAGGCCUUCGAGUUGUCAAGCCCCAACUUCUCCAACAUCCUCAAAACCCUAAAACCGGACUUGCUCAUCUAUGACUUCAACCAGCCAUGGGCAUCGUCCAUUGCUUCUUCCCACAACAUUCCAUCUGUUCAAUUCAUAAUUUUCGGGAGCGCCUUCAUCUCUUUCGUCCUUCACAUGAUCAACAACCCAAGUCUUCAGUUCCCGUUUCCAGCUAUCUAUCUUCGCGAGCCGGAGCGCCCUGCGUUCCGCGGCUUGAUUGAUGCUUCUGCUAAUGAAGUCACAGACGGAGAACGCUUCCUCCAAGCCCUCCAGCAAUCUUGUAACGUCGUGUUGAUCAAGUCUUUAUCGAGAGAGAUAGAGAGGAAAUAUUUGGAUUAUUUCUCAGUUUUGGCUAACAAGAAGAUCGUGUCUUUAGGUCCACUUGUUCAAGACCCCGUCAAUAUUGAAGAUGAGUGUAUAGAGAUAAUGCAGUGGCUUGACAAGAAGGAUGAGUCUUGUUCAGUGUUUGUUUGCUUUGGGAGUGAGUACUUCCUUUCUAGGGAGGAAAUGGAAGAGUUGGCUCAUGGAUUAGAGCUCAGCAAGGUGAAUUUCAUAUGGGUUGUUAGGUUUCCCAUGGGAGAGAGAAUUAGGGUUGAAGAGGCACUGCCUGAGGGGUAUCUUGAGAGGGUAGGAGGGAGAGGAAUGGUUAUUGAGGGGUGGGCUCCACAGGCAAAGAUUCUAGGUCAUCCAAGCACUGGUGGGUUUGUGAGUCAUUGUGGAUGGAGUUCUGUUAUGGAGAGCAUCAAGUUUGGUGUUCCAAUCAUAGCCAUGCCAAUGCAUAUUGACCAGCCACUGAAUGCUAGAUUUGUGGAGGAGAUUGGUGUGGGUGUGGAGGUCAAGAGAGGGAGCAAUGAAAGGCUUGAAAGGGAAGAGAUUGCAAAAGUCAUAAGAAAAGUGGUGGUGGACAAAAAUGGAGAAAAUAUAAGGAGUAAAGCAAGAGAAAUGAGGGAGCAUAUAAGAUUGAAAGGAGAGGAAGAGAUAGAUGGGGUUGCAGAGGAAUUUAUUCAACUCUGUAAGCAGAAGCAGCAGUACAAAUUAUUGAAUGAUCGUUCAAAUGCUUAUCAAUAAUUAUCUUUUCAUGAUUUGUAUAUUGUACGUCUAACUGUACAAUUUAAAUUGAAAGCAAUUCUUUCAAUUAUUCUUAAUUCAGAAGAGCUAUUAUAUUUUUUUUAAAGUUCAAGCAAUACACAUACAAUAUU